ACCACUGCGGAUUCUUCUGGUUGGAAAAACAGGUGUGGGAAAGAGUGCAACAGGCAACACCAUCCUGGGAAAAAAGUUUUCAAGUCAGAGAUUUCAUCUUCCUCUGUGACUGGAGAAUGUGACAAGUUUAAUGCAGAAAUAAAUCACAGAAAAGUGUCCGUCAUUGACUCUCCGGGUCUCUUUGACACCAGCCUAACUAAAGAUGAGGUGAUCAAAAGAAUUAAACUCUGCAUUCCUCUCUCAGCUCCUGGUCCACAUGUGUUUUUAGUUGUGAUAAAGAUGGGCAGAUUCACCGAUGAAGAAGCUGAAGCUGUUAAAAUAAUACAAGCAGUUUUUGGCGAGGAAUCCUCCAUAUACACCAUGGUGGUGUUCACUCAUGGGGAUCAACUGGAGGACAAAACCAUUCACAAAUUUGUGCGGGAUAGUCCUGAACUGCUCAGCUUCAUCAGAACCUGCAAUGGCCGAUACCACGUGUUCAAUAAUAAAGAAGAAAAUCCAGAGCAGGUCAUUCAACUGCUUGAGCAGAUUGAUAAAAUGGUGACUGUAAAUGGUGGUCAACACUACACCAGUGAGAUGCUGGAGAGGGCAGAAAGAGCGAUUGAAGAAGAAAAACAGCGUAUCCUGAAGGAGACGGAGGAGCAGAAACUGAAGGAGAUCGCAGCUCUGAGGGAACAAUUUCAAGAUGAGGCCUUUGAAAAAGAAAAGCAAAGGGUGAAUGAUAAAUAUGAGCAGGAUGCAAGAAGGAAAGCUGAGAGAAAUCAAUCUGUAGUAGAUAAAGUGGUCAGUUUUUUGAUGGAAAAUUUUGUAAUGCCUGUUUUUAAUGUAGUGAAACGACUGUUCGGUUAAACAGAUGUAAUUUAAACCAUUACAAAUGAAAACAUUAAUACAAAGCAUUAUAAUCUGCUAAAGUUUUUCAAUGUUGAA